UCAAAUCGGUUGCGAAGCUGCCUGCAUCAUCCGCCAGCCGAGCCAGGAACCGACGAGCAGAACCGGAGGAAAAAAUGGCGUUCACAUUCGCGGCCUUUUGUUAUAUGCUUGCUCUGCUGCUCACGGCGGCGCUUAUCUUCUUCGCAAUCUGGCAUAUAAUAGCAUUUGACGAGCUGAAGACUGACUACAAGAAUCCUAUAGAUCAGUGUAACACUCUAAAUCCGCUGGUGCUCCCAGAGUAUCUCAUCCAUUUCUUCUUCUGUGUGAUGUUCUUCUGUGCGGCUGAGUGGCUCACCCUCUGUCUCAACCUACCACUGUUGGCUUAUCAUGUGUGGAGGUAUAUGAGCAGACCUGUGAUGAGCUGUCCAGGACUCUAUGACCCAACAACCAUCAUGAAUGCUGACAUCCUGGCAUACUGUCAAAAAGAAGGCUGGUGCAAACUGGCUUUCUAUCUCCUGUCGUUCUUCUACUAUCUCUAUGGGAUGAUCUAUGUUCUGGUGAGCUCUUAAGCCGGGCGAUGAAGGAAAAGGACCUGCAUGUACAGUAGUCGACCAGACACUAUGAUCUUAGUGCUGGAACACUGGACCUGCUGGAGACCACCGUUCAGCAAAACAAGACGCCAUUUCAAGCGGACGAACUCUCGAACCCCCACACACAGCGCAGAGUGUCAUUUCGGAAACAUUUAGCCCGUUUUAGGAGAAUAUCUUGGUCGCAGCGUUCUUUUCAUGACACUAUAGUUUAAAUUUUAUGGAAAAUAAGGACAAACCUGAAUGGACAAGUUUUUUCUUUUCCUUUUUUAUUUUUCAUGGUGUGGUGAUUUUUGAUGCUUGGGAUUUAAAUAAAGUUUGUUUUUUUUUUGUUUUUUUUCAUCUUGGUUCCCAACUUCUGAGUGUUUACAAAUUUUAGGCAGACAUAAUUUUCAGGUGUGCAUAUAUCUGUGAGAAUCUAAGCUGUGUGCUGAAUUGCAUUAGCUUUUUCUGCGAAUUAGAUCCUGGGCUUCGACAGCUAAUUUAUACCUGCCAAGUGAUCCAUUACCAUCACUAAAACAAAUAGCAAAGUGCAAACCAGACUUAUGUUCUUGCCCACAGACACAUUAAGUCUUAACAUUUACAUGAAAGUACAGUAAUGUACGGUGAGGGCUGAAGUGCAUGGGUUAUUAUCACUUAGUGAAACAUGUUGCACAGGGACAAUCAGUCUGGUUGUCACAACAUCAGUUUUCAAACCGUCUGACGUAUUGUUUCCGUACUUCAGACCUGUCUAUCACGUUUAAACCAUGUAAUCCCUGUUGAAAUAAAUGGCAAUAUUUGUUUUAAGUGUGAAUCCAGAGUAGAAAGCAACGUGUAUGUGACAUGUGUUUCUGUAGAAUCGCCCCCGCAGCUAUCGAUAAAUUAAGAAGGUAGACUCAACAGUACAAUAUUUUCAGCAUUAGGAAGCAACGGAACUUUUUUGUUCUCUUUCUGCAUUUGAGCUUUGAGUACGAGACUGCUGACGUGCCAUACUGUUGAAUGUACCUUUUCAAACUCAA